CUUUCCCCUUCUUGGAUGUCUUAUGGAUGCAAACUCCUGCUGCAGCAUUUCCUGUAGCUCAUACGGCUUCUCUUCUCUAGCAGCUUAUUUUCAGAUAACUGACUUGAACAUAAUACUUCUGAGAUUGCUACCCUGCAGAGAGAUUUGAUUGAAAAUGUCAAUGAAAUAAAAGAUUAAGAAGAUUUCAUGGACAGUAGUCACACCUGUAACAUGAUUGCCUAAGUGUUAUUUUCUGAGGCAACUGAGCUGAAAAGUGCCGAUACCGCAUUCUGAUGCCUCCCAAAAUUAUGAAUGUAUGUAGUGGCAGAGGUUACAAAUCAGUUUCACGUUACUGAAUUAUGAAGGACAAUGAAUGAAUUUUAAAAUCCUACCUUGAUUGUUACUAUUUUGAAAGCUGAUACUGGUGUUAAGACGUAACUUGAGAAUUAACAAUUUGCUUUGCUGGCAGCUCUCCUUUCCCAGCUCUUUUGUUAAGAAUUAAUUUGAAAACCUCUAAUUAAGCUUUCUUUCCCUACUGGCUGGAAGAGGUUUUCAGUGAAACUUGUUUGGGGAGGUACAGUGUUGAUAUGAAAAUAAUUUGAUUAAGAAGACAUAUUAAGUCUGUUAAGCGUUUUGGGUUUAGGCUGAAGUUUUCCAUCAAAACUGAAGAGGAGUGUGUGUUCUUUAUCCGCAUGUACCCAGCAUGUUUAAGGGCUCUAGGUUAAAGCUGCUUAGCUGGGAUAUGAGAAAUGAAGGCGCUCGUCGCUUCUCUAGAUUCAGGUCCAGGACUUGAAUCUCAGUAUACCUAAACAUCAGGAGAGUAUAGGUUGAAAAGAUGUAAAUAGGCAAAGCUCACUCUUUCCUUCCCAACCUGUUUACCUAUGAGGCCUGUGACAUAGCCCUAUGCCUACCAACUUCUGAAAGUGUUUGUCCCACUGUAAAGUAAUGCAUAUUUUGCUAUCCCAGGAAGUUUUGACAAGAUGGAAAAAAAGGUUUCCUAAUAACUGUAACAUUAACAGAAAGCAAACAUUUACUUUGAAAGAAGUUCUUACAAUGAAGUCUCAGGAAAGCUAUUUUGGAGUAUGAUUGUCCUGAGCAGAUCUGUUGACAAUGCAUUUCUGCACUGGGUGGUGCUGUUGCAUGCAGAAAGGCCACUGCAGGGGAGCAGGCAGAGCAUAAAGAGUUUUUUAAAACCCUCACCCUCACCCUCACAGAGCUGCCAUGAACUAUUGCUGAAUAGUCUCCUUGCGCUCAGUCUCUUGGAGUAAGGUGAGUUAGUAUUUAAAGACCGCAGAUUUCUUGUGUUUUUCCAGCAGGGUUAACAGUUUGUUUUAAAAUGAGGUAAGGGACUACCUCUCUCUUCCUUUGCUCUAGUUACUAUCCUGCUUUGCUGUUACUGUCCUACAUCGUUAUCAACCCUGUUCCCCAGCACCCUUUUUCUAGUAGAAGGUUCAGCAUGCGCUGAGACCUGUCUUCUGAUGCAUCCCUGGUACAACGAUAAUCCUACCACAGAGAGGGAGAGGAGGAGAGAAAAAGAUAUUUUGUCUCUGCUGUUGUGAUACCAUUUUCAGCAUAUUGAUCCUGGUUUCCCCUCAUGCUACUUUUUCCUCAAUUCCCUACCCACUUGUUAAUGUUUUACUAUUCACCUUAUAGCUUGUACCUAAUAGUGUAGCUUGGGGUAGGUGCUUGCGUCUUGUGCUCAUGUGGAAUCUAUUUAAGACCCUUUGCGGGGCCUCCUUCCAAACUAUGUGCCCUUCAACCUAAGCGCUGUAGCAGGAGUCUUGAUUUUUAGAGACCCGUUUAGAAUCUUGUAACAUAUGGAAAAGUUUGGCAGCCUCAUAAGUUAAGCAAAAAAAGCUGGGGUUAUAUUGCUGAAUUAAAUACAGAUAAGAUUUGCAUGAAUUUUGUCUUUUCUCUGCAUUGUAUCUUGUAUUGACAAAGAAACCUGACUUAGGGAAGCAGUAUAAAUAUGUGAAAUAGGUGCUUUUUAGUGGCUAAGCCAAAUAACUUGAAAUCAAUUUCUGGAGAAUAGAGACCUAAAGAGGAUUUGCCAUCUCUGAUGCAUGAGGAUUUAGUUUGCUGCGCAUACUCAUUGCUGAGCCUGAGUCAAGACCCAGCAGGGGUAAAACUUGCCAGCAGAGUUCAUCCUUCUCAGCGCCAGUAGAUGGGGUGCAGCAUGACCAUGGCUCCCUCUGCCUGCUCUGCUUGCGUGCAGAGUCCGAACUGGAGCUGCAGGCAGUCACUGAGGCAGGGUCUGUUUGCAGUGAUCCACUUGCUUGGACUUUAUGUUUCAGGAUAUAAUAGCAAUAAGACUGCAAAAUCCUGUGAUUUUUCCUUAAGGGACUUCAGAAUAUUUUUCUAUGACCUAAUCUGUAGGCAAAAUGCCCAUUCAUUACAUUUUGGUUUAUAGGCAGCAUUGGUGCUAAAACUUCUUGAGAACUCACAUAGCUAUUAGAGAUUAGUUGGAGGAGUGUCUUAGGGCAGUUGAGCAAUUUCUGUCAAUCCCCCUGUAGGCAGAUUUGGAGUACGUUAUAGAACAAAUUCAAUCCUUGCAUAAUUAUAAUAAGAGGAUCCCGUAUCACCUGUGGCAGACUUAAUUUCUGAUUGUAUCUACAUAAAUCAACAGAAAGCAUCUCUCACAAGAAAAUUUUCUGUCCCAGACAGUGAUUGCAAUAGAAAUGCAUCUCUCAUGUCGUUAUGGUGAAAUGGAGGUCAGGAUAAAAUACUGUCAGAAGAUUGAAUGAAACUCUUACAUAUACAUCCUCAGCCAUUAAAUCAGUGUAUCUCACUGGGCUACAGUUUCUCUAAAUUCGACAGUCUAAAUUCUUUGAGUUCAACGGAACAGAAGAAAAUGCGAAUGUAUUUCUAAAACAUAGGUGCAAUGAGUAGAGUCUCUGAAGACCGUACCAUAGUUGUCUCUAAAAAAUAACUUCUGAAUAAUAAAUAGCCUGAAUAAUAGCACUGUUCAUAUUAAUGUUACUGUUUUCAGUAAACCCCUUAGAGUCUAAGAGGGAACAAAGUCUUAAUUUUUAAGAGCAGAAUCUCUUGAGAAGAAAACAGUUGAGACUGAAAACAAACUUCAGGAUUAGGAGAAGUCUGGGCAUAGAUCAAAAAAGGUCACUGCUAAUUCAUGAUUCUUAAUUAUUAAGCAGCAAUGAAAUUCCAGCUCCCACUUCCUCCAUCAGAUUUCUUUUCUGAAUAGCAAAGACCAAAAAUCAUCUGAACAAGCUAAUAAAGUCAUCCAGGAAGCUGAGCUAAUUUCCAGUGUUAGAAUAAAUGCUGUACCUACAAAAGAGGAAAGGGAACUUCCUCUUUAAAGCUACGAAUAUACGAAGCUCAGUAAUGAGGAUUUCUAACUGGGCGGAGCUUUCGUUUGAGCAGGCUAGAUAAAGGCAUGCAGCACUUUCUGGCGUCUCAGACUGCAAGCAGCAUGAACUGCAGCAUGCCCAACAGAGUCCUGCUCAGCUACAGAAUGGAUGGACAGCAGGACAGGUUGUGCCUUCAGUUUCUUUGGGACUUUGUCACAGCAAAGGAGCCAUUGAUCAAGUCACCGUAUUUUCCAGUGCUGUUUUCUUUUACAGCAUACAUGGCUUUCUGUCUUCCUUAUAUUGCACUGGACUUUUUAAGCACUAGACUACCAAACUUGAGAAAAUACAAAAUCCAGCCACAGAGCUAUCCAACUCUCGGAAUGAUGGUGCCUUGCAUUAUUCAAAGUGUCUAUCAUCAUGUUGUUUUGAUUUUCCCAGUGACGUUUUUCCACUGGUACUGGAGACCAAUGAAUCUACCUGUGAUGGCUCCAGAGCUGCCUGAGGUCCUGCUAGAAGUAGUAGUUUGCCUGCUUCUGUUUGAUUUUGAGUAUUUCCUGUGGCAUUUGCUUCAUCACAGGGUGCCUUGGCUCUACAAGACCUUUCACAAGGUGCAUCACAAACAUGUUUCAACGUUUGCUCUUACUACACAGUAUUCCAGCGUAUGGGAAUUACUUUCACUGGGAUUUUUUGCUGCCAUCAAUCCAGUGCUCCUCAGAUGCCAUCCUUUGACAGAAAUGAUUUUCUUCCUUGUAAACAUUUGGUUGUCAGUGGAGGAUCAUUCAGGAUAUGACCUUCCAUGGUCAACUCACCGACUCGUGCCUUUUGGUUUGUAUGGAGGAGCUCCACAUCAUGAUCUCCAUCAUCUGAAAUUCAAAUCAAACUACGCUCCGUACUUCACCCACUGGGACAGACUCUUUGGGACAUUCACAGAAUCGCAUUCCCAUUAGGGAUAUUUGCCUGUGGAUGAACUAAUUUUUUUGAUAAACUAAACUGGGAUGUUAAUUUUUCCAAGACAUGCAGAAGAUUGUGUAUUUGAAGUUACCUAUGAAAGCCAUAGCUAUUUAUAACAAAACCUGUUAAUAUAUGUGUGUCUGUAUGCAUACUUGGAACUGCCUAUGUUGAAUGACUGCAAAUGGGAUAAUGUAAUGCAAAUGGAUAAAUAUCUCUUCCUUAAACUUGUUUGAGUCAAAGGUGUAAGGGAAGCAUUAAGAGACGUUCUCUCUUCUUUCCUUCUUUCUAGCUUUCAUAAAGCAUAUAUUGUAUUACUGUAUGAUGUUCUAUACGUGCACAGGAAAAAUUAUCUUGCUGUUGUGGGAUGAUUUAUGAUGUAACCAGAACAGGUACACAUCAUAAAUUUUGUGGAGUUUAAUCUGCCGGAGCAUAUUAUUGCACACCCAUGUUAAAAAAAUGCUGCCAAAGCUAGUUUGCUGACUGUGCAAUAAUUUUGAUAUUUAUAUUUUAA